UCGCUGCCCAGCCCGCGGUAUAUACAGUCCGGCCCGCGGGCCGGCUCCCCUCACCCCGUCCGUUCCCCGUCCCAGACAGCCGAAAUCCCCACAUCCUAAUCCAAACCUAACUCCCGGCGAUCUCUCCUUGCCCUGAUCCCCACCGCCGCAGAUGUCGUCGGAGCCGCCGCCCGCGGAGCCCUCCGAGGCCGCGGAGGCGGCCAGGCCGUCGGCAUCCCCGCCGAAGGAAUCGGAGCCCGCCGCCGCGCCAGGGGCCGCCCACGAGACGAACACGUUGUGGGUCGGCAACCUGCCCACGCACGCGGGCGAGGACGACGUCAUGGCGGCCUUCGCCCCGCACGGGGCGCUCGACUGCGUCGUCAUGCGCGCCGGCUCCCGCAGCUACGCCUUCGUCCUCUUCCGCUCCGUCGACGAGUCCCGGGCCGCCCUCGAGGCGCUUCGCGGGUCGAAGGUCAAGGGCUUGCCCAUCCGGGUCGAGUUCGGCCGGCCGGCUAGAGCUGUUAGGAACCUAUGGGUUGGAGGAAUUAGUCCGUCUAUUUCAAAGCAAGAGGUAGAGGAUGAGUUUCAAAAGUUUGGGAAGAUUGAAGGCAUUGCAUUCUCUCAUGAUCAAACUUCUGCAUACAUCGAUUUUGAGAAACUGGAGGAUGCCAUUUCUGCCCAUAGAGCCUUGAAUGGGACUGAUUUAGGGGGCAAGGAAUUGUGUGUUGAUUUCCAGAGGUCCAGAGGCAGAGUGGAACGGUCGGAAGCAGGCAACUUUAAUGGUAGAGGAUCAUUGCCACCUGGUGAAAUGGGAGUUGGACAUGCAAAGGGUUCUGCUGGAGUACGAAUGCGAGAGGCAAAAAAUCCUACCAAUGUUCUCUGGGUGGGUUUACCCAAUACACAUAAAGUUAACGAGGAGACACUAAGGCGGGCUAUGGCAGCACAUGGUGUGGUUACAAACGUCAAAGUUUUUCCAGAAAGGCAGUAUGCUUUUGUGGAGUUUGCAACGAUUGAAGGAGCUUCUAAUGCUAAGAAUCUUCUAGAUGGACGUCUGUUCAAUGAUACCAGGAUUCAUGUUCUUUUCUCCAGCAGUGGGCUUGGGCCCAGUAAACUUGAUAACCUAACACCGCCUGCUGGGUUCCCUAGAUCAGAGAUAUACCAUGAUAGUCCAUAUGCCGCACCUGAUUAUUUUGGUGCUGGUCGCAGUAGUUAUGGCACAUCACAGGGGUAUGAUCCUCGACGUGGAAGAUCAAGAUACUUGGACUAUGGUGCAAUGCCAGUCACUGGUGGUAUCCUUCCAGCACCUGAAGCUGGCUCAUCUGUGUUGACUGGACAUUCUGCUCAUAAUGCACUUGAUCCGAGAGAAGCCAAAAGGGUGAGGUUGAAUGCUGGCAUGGACCCUUACCAUGUAAGGGCAGGCAGUGAGGGUCUUCAACCGGUUGCUGACGAGAGCUUAAGCUCUGUUAUUCGGAUCCAGGGCAUGGUACACCAAACGUCUUGCCUUGGGCACUUCUGGCGUGGCAGUAUUGCCAAAGGUGGAUCUCUUGUUUGUCGUGCUCGCUGCUUAUCUAUAAGGAGGGGCGUUGAGAUACCUUUACCGGACAUUGUUAAUAUCUCUGCUAGAACAGGAUUAGAUAUGCUGGCAAAACACUAUGGAGAUGCUUCGGGUUUUGAAAUUGUCUUCUUCUUACCAGACAGUGAAGAUGAUUUUGUGUCUUACACUGAAUUUCUGCGGUACUUGGGCUCAAAAAGUCGCGCAGGGGUUGUUAAGGUUGAUGCAGGAACCACUUUGUUUUUGGUCCCGCCAUCGGAUUUCCUGACGAAUGUUCUGCAAGUUGAUGGUCCAGAGCGCCUUUAUGGCGUGGUACUGCACAUUCCACAGAUGUCCAAUGCUGCUGUCCAGAGACCAGUACUAACUGGACCAGAGUCACAAGCUUAUUAUGAUGGCAGUGAUACCAUGCUAGCGAUGCAAAGAAAUUACAAUAUGGGCUCUGCUAAUGACAACCAUCAUCAGGAUGCCGAUUAUCGGAGAUCUUUACGUGAGGAAGCAGUUCAGUCAGGUGUGUCAAGCUUUCCCAUGAGCCAAAUAGCAGGACAGCAAGGACAGUCACUCAAUCCUGAUAUUAUGACCACAAUAGCUAAACUUAUGCCAAAUGUGCAGUCAACAGUUCCAGCAAAUAGUCAGGUGGGUAAUCUUCAGCAAUCCGGUCAGCAGUUUGGCAGGCAAGCUGCAGCAAGCUACGGGGGCAUGGUCGGUGCUCAGGAGCAGCACCCAACACAUACUGCUUACAACCCUGAGGUUACCUUAAGCUUGCCUCCACCACCUCCUCUACCUACACAAGCACCCGUGCCUGCUCUCCAUACACAGCAGCAGUAUCAACCCGAACACUAUUAUGCUCCUCAAAACAAUUACGGUUCCUUAGGAACAGCUGGCCAGUCUAACCUCCAGGCCAGCAAUGCUAACCUCCCUGGCCCACCCCCGCCCCAAUUGAACAACGGGCCUUUGGCAGCAAAUAACCAGACGGGAAAUUUGGCGCAGCUCCAUCAGUCAAUGUCAUUCCCCACUGAUAGGGUAAGCCCAGAUUUCUCCUCUCAGGUACAACAGCAACAAAAUGUUGCUUCUGGUUCUGCCCAAGCUCCUGACGAGGUGGAUAAGAACAAGAAGUACCAGGCGACCCUCCAGUUUGCGCACAAUUUAUUGCUUCAGCUACAACGUGGAUCUGGAAAUCAAUCUUGAUGAUGAGUACUGCUUCAGGUACUCUCUCGACGGCUCCUCCACUGCAACGCAACUGAAUCGGCCCAUGGUGGUGUUGGCGGUUAUUUUCUCUCGACGCGGAAUCGGUUGCUACCUACCGAACUUCUUUCUAGGCAUCAGAUAUUUUAGCUUUGAGCUGUAUAAUCGUUUGUCUUUGUGUAUGCGGCCUCCUUGGCAUGACAUGUAGUACUUGUUUGACUUUUCGGUUUUGACAUGGAUAAAGCUUGUUCUGAAUCUGA